GCUGAAAGAGCAUAUGGCAAAACACAAAACUCCCAGACCCCUCCUAUGUUCAUUAUGCGGCCAAGUAUUUAAAUAUAGACGUCAAAUGAGCAAGCAUCACAAACAUGUCCAUCAAAGACGGAAAGUGAAAGAGAUGAAGAAAAGAAAGAGAACUGAGAAUACUCUUGUGUGCUUGGAUACAAAAAUAACAAUUAGAACAAGAAAAAACUCAGAUGAAUUUGCUUGUUUCCUCUCUGGCAGGAAGUGUUCUUCAAAACUGGCUCUACAGAGACACAUGGGAAUACAUGCUGGCAUCAAACCCUUUCAUUGCCAGCAGUGCAAGUACAAAACUAGGCUAAAGGCCUCAUUGAUACAGCAUAUGCGCAUCCAUACUGGUGAGAAGCCUUUCAAGUGUGAAAUCUGCUCUUAUGCCUCAAUUGAUGCAAACUCUCUGCGCAGACAUUUCAGGACUCACACAAUUGAGAGGCCCUACAAAUGCAAAGUGUGCUCGUACAGUUGCAUCCAGAAGAAGAGCCUGGACCUCCAUGUGAGACGACAUCACACCGGAGAGGCGUUUGGCUGUAGUUUUUGCUGCUAUUCUUCCCCUGACAAGCAACUCCUCUGGAAGCAUGUAAAGAAAUAUCAUCUCUGUUCAGAAACCUCACUAAUCAGCACCCAACCCACCCCUGGCCUCAAACCAUUUCCAGUGGAGCAUUAAGUUCGUCAUGCUUAAAUGUGUACUACAGCAGCUAAUCAAGCAGUAGGUCAGACAGAAGAGAAGGAGAAAUUGAUCCAGUGAGGACGUUAAAAGGACUGGCAAAUGUGACUCAACCUGAGGCUCAAAGAGUGGUCCUUGCAGGAGGCUUCAUAUACACUGUAUAUGCUAUAACUCUGUUUUUUCUGAGAGGAGCAUGGCACGCUGUGAGUAAUGAGGUUUGUUUUACAUGAGGGCUGGGCAUCUUGAUCCUGUUUUCUGACUACCUCAUGCUGACUUGUCCUUCAUUAGAAGUUAGGGAGUUUGACAGUUAAAGGGAGAAUUUAUUGAAAUGCCAAAUUGGGUUCAUUGAAUUCUGCAAAUCGGUUCUUGGAUGUCAUCUUGCUCAUUUUAAAUAUAGGUACAUAUUUUUAAAUUAAGUAAAUGAUUGAAAGUGAAAUCUGCUGGUGCACUGGCUCUCAGAAUUAGUUAUAUUAGAAAAUAUAUCACUGCUCGCUGGCUAGUCUGUAAUAGAUUAUUAUAUGCAACGUGUCUCUCAUCAGAAACUAGUCAAUGGUAAAAUAAAAAUAUAGACAACAUAUCCAAUAAACUUGAUUUUAAAAACUCAGUGGUUUUAAGUCUGUACUUACUUUGGAGUUGCAACAAAAAAUUACUAAGUUUUUUGGAGAGAAUGAAAAUCAGACUUUUAAUAGCCCUGAACAGAAACUGUUUUGCUGCUAUUACUCCAUAUUUCUUUGCCAGUAAUGAUUUUGUGGCAUCUGUUAUUAGUAAUAAAUGUUAAACUGGAAAUACAACCCCAGCUACAUAAAGAUUCAUACAGACACUUAAUAUAACUUUCUAUUGGACCAACAAGUAAAUUAUAACACAAGUAUGCACACAUUAUUUUCUCCUUAACAAAUACAAUAGUAGAAAAUAGGGAGGAGUUGUUAAAUGCUGUUCCACUUGUGAAGUGUUUAUGUAGCAGCUUAAAUGAAGAAUUUUAUUCUCUGCAAAAUCUAAGCAGUAGAGACUCCCAUUCCUUUCAGGCAGAAAGGGUUUAGGAUCUGAAUUCUGACAAAAAUGGUAAGAUGAAGUCAAGGUUUAGAGAACAUAUUGGUAAUUAAUGGGACAAACAACUAGACAUUUCCUUUAAGACUAUCAAAAAAACAAUCCAGAAAACUGAGAGUUAAGGUUAAACUGCAGCAGACCUCCAACAUUUGAAAAUAUAGAAAUACACAGGUAAAGUCACUCAAACAAACCUUGCCACCUUCUAUCCAAAUGAAAGGUUCACUUUGCCCUUUCUAACACAAAUAGAGCAGUGUUUUUUUAAAAAACAAAACAAAACAAAAACCUAUCCUAAACACACAAUUCCUCCUCUGAGAAAAGAGAGAGAGAACAAACCAUAUGCUACAGAUGUUAGUCAUAUUGCCUAAUGCAUUAGUGAAGGUGCUCAUCUACUGCACUGAUUACAGCAAUAUAAGAACCUACGUAUAAUAAACAGCUUUAGCUCUGCUCCCAUACUGAUAUCAAUCUGUUUUUCCUUCUGUUUUUCUUGUAUCUAUAUUGUAAGAUGUUCUAGUUGAAGUAAUAGCAUUUUCCUGUAUAUUUUUGUUCAGAAGGAGGAGAUGGCUGCUCAGUACUAUCUUGUAGAAAUGUAUACAUUAGCAAUAGUUUCAUCAGUUUCAGAAAGGUGAGUGGGUCACAGUGAACAGGUUAAGGAAAUUCUUAAACACUGACUAGUUCAUCCUUUGAGUCUUGUACUGCCUUUCUGAGGGUAGCCAAAGUAGUUCUUUCUGUACUUGAGAUUUUAGGGUGGUAUCCACAAAGCUACUUAGGUUGGGGGGAGGACUUAGGGAUCCCCACUCACCCACAAAACUCCCAUUGACACCUGUAGAUGCCUAAAUUCACUCAACUCAAUUUUUCAAAGUAAAAGUUCCCUAGGUGCUGAUGGUUCUGCCUCUGGGCCUGCUGCCGCCUCAUUCUAGGCACUCAGACAUCUGUCUCUCGCGUAGGCCCCAAAGCAAUUUGUGAAUUAAGUGAAGAUAAGGGUUAAGUUGCUGAAGUGGCCCAUUUUGGCAGGCACCUUCUGAUCACCCCUACUGGAUUGGGCCCUAUUCAGAAGCCUGCUGGAGGUGGUGCCACUGCCCAUCUUAUAACUGUAGUGCAGUAGUUAGGGAGCCCACCUCCGGAUAUCCCAUAACCCACUGGUUAGCACACUCCCCUAAGAGGUGGGCAACCCUUGUUCAAAUCCUUUCUCCCCCUCUGCCAAGAGGAGGGAAAUGAACCUGGGUCUCAAACAUCCCAGGUGAGAGUUCUAACCACAGAGCUGAAAGUUACAUGACUGCCCUCUCAAUAGGCGCUUAGCUCAUUGAAACUAUGUAGGCACCUGAGUCAGGAGAGGGGUUCUUCAUGGAUUGCUAGCAGAGGAUGCCUAUCUCUGAGAAAGGGGCAGUUCUCAGUACGUUGACAUCUCCCAUUGGCUAAUUUAAGCAGGAAGCUGCUGAGGAUGCUGGCUUUUGUGGAUGACAUUCUUAGGUGUCUCUUUCUCCCCAUUCAUAGGGAGCCUGGUGCCUAACUUGGCUUUGUGGGUCAGUGUUCAUCAUAUGAUUUUCUAGGUAUCCAAAAAUUAGGAGCUGUGAUGCUCGGCAUUGCGAUGUAUAUGUCCCUUUGUGGAUCCCACCAGUAAUUACUAAUGGGAAAAAUAUUUUAUUUCCUUACAAUGCUAGCAAGUAAACUACCAAAUAAUUAGUACAGUAUUCUUUUGGCUGUCUUUUUAUACUGGAAUCUUCCCAAAUGGUAAAUUUCCAGCGGUCACAGUAAUAGUAGCUUACAUUUAAUAAUGCCUUUCUUCCCAAAGGAUUCCAAAAGCACUUUACAAGUUAUUUAUAUAGGACUCAUUUCACCCAUCAUUGACAUUAAGGCAGCCAUCUCUGGGGUGGGACAUGUUAGCUAUUUGAGAGAAUUACACAACAUUAAGCAGUUUAAAGUAUGAACUGAAGAAGAGUAUCACAUCUGAGGGAAACUUCAGAGGGAUUGUAGGUAGGCAGGAUAUAAUUAAACAAAUUGGAAUUAGGUCAGAACACAGAUUAACAACCCGAUUCUUGCAAAAAGUGCAAGGGGACUUUUAAUAACCAUAAAUGGACAUGGUUUUAGUUUUGCAUGAUACUUUUAUGAUUUCACCUUUAAGCUGUCUAAUGCUCCUCAACACCUUCUUGUGGCAUUGAUUCACUAAUGACUCAAAGGGAGAGGCAUGCUACCUUAGGACUUAGUUACCAGACACCACUUCUUGCAGCAUCCUGGCUCUUCCUUGGAAAUUUCCUGUGCAAGUACUAACUAGGCCCAACCUCAUGUAGCUUGUGAAAGCAGACAAGAGAACAGCCUGAAGCAUUAGGGAUGCUGGCAAAGCAUGGCUAGACAGUUUUAAUACACUGAUGUCUCAUUGCUGCCAGCACAGACUGUUUAUCAAGUUUGAUGGAAGUUUAGGAAUUGGGUUCUGAGUAGAAAAAUAGCCUUUUAGAAAAGUGUUUUCAUGGAUUUGUUAUCUUCAUUCUGAUUAUAGCUGGGGAGAACUAUUCAUCAGUUAAUUAAAAGGGACAAAGUACCAGUAUAUGAAUUGUCUGAAGGAUAAAAGGUACUUUAAGAAAUCAGAUUCUAAUCUCUUCUGUUUACCAGCCUUAGGUAGAACAUAUGUUGUUCAAAGAAGUGAGUGCUUAAAAAGGUACAAAUAAGUGGCAUGUCUAUAAGAAUAUGGCACAAUGUAAUGGAAAGUGCUUCUCAUUCUUGUCCUCUAGUUUUUCUCUUCUUCACUGGUCCCAAAAAGGAAUUAGCAUAGAUCUAGAUAUUGACUAUAAUGGCCUUUGCAGUGUUGUUGUAGCGAUGUUGGUUCUAGGAUAUUAGAAAGAAAAGGUGGGUGAGGUAAUACCCUUUAUUGGAACAACUUGGAACAACUUUUGUUACACAUUUGCUAACUUAAAACAUUUUAAAAGACAACUAGUUGAAUGAGUAGCUAGUUGGAUGAAUUAGAAGCUUUUUCUCAACUCUCCUACAAUUGCUUCAAGCUCAAAUUCCUAGGAAAUCUGGAAAGAAUGCCUGGAAUGUGGUAUCUAAUUGACAUAUAUACAUGCAUACAUUGUACAUAUAACUCUUGUGUGGGUAAUUUAUACUAUUCAGGUAGCUAAACCUUCCAGCAAUAAAAAUAGAGAAAAUAGUUUCACUGUGUGACUGUCAUUAAGCAGUUUAAGCGCAAGCAAAAUUGAGUUAUACACACAAGCCCUCUUUUGUAAUCACAUUCCCUCUCCUUCCCUCCGCUGUCAGGAAAGACCGUUUAUAAAGGACCAGUUCAACAAAGCACAGCCUCAGCAGAGGCUAGUGGCUGUAACAGUGAGUUAAUUGUAAGUUCUUCUAUGCAAGGACCUUGUCUUCCUACAUCUCUGUGUAGGUCUUAGCUGUAUAAAAAACAAAGUUUUUAAAUGAGGAUUGUGUACUGUGAUUCCAGAUUAAGCACUAAUUUACCUCCCUGUACAGUCCUUUUGUGAUCUAAUGCUGUGCAAAUUGGUUUUAAACCCCACCCUUAUGAUUCAUCUACAUGCAAAAUAGCACCAGUUUAAUUCAAAGUUUAAUUUUAAACUGGUGCAACCCCCUGCAUGAAUACUCUGAUUUUGGUUUAAACCUGGUUUACAUUGCUUUAGCUUGUGUCAAUAAACUUACAGGUGUAAACUAAACUCAUGAUACAUAGAUUUUAAAGUCAGAAGGGACUAUUAUGAUAAUCUACUCUGAUCUCCUGUAUAAUACAGAACAUAGAAUUUAUCUGAAUUAAAAUUUGAACUAGAGUAUGUCUCCUAGAAAAACAUCCCAUCUUGAUUUUAAAAAUUGCCAGUGAUGGAGAAUCCACCACAACCCCUGGUAAAUUGUUUCAGUGGUUAAUUACCCUCACUGUUAAACCUUGUUUCCAGCUGGAAUUUAUCUAGCUUCAAUUUUUAGCUGGAUCUUGUUACAACUUUGUCUGCUAGACUGAAGAGCCAGUUAUCAAUUUUUUUUGUUGCCAAUAGAACGAACUGGGAUUAAGUCAUCCCUUAAUCUUUUCUUUGUUAAACUAGAUUAAAUUCCUUGACUCUAUCAUUUAUCAGUCAUAUUUUCUAAUCCUUUAAUCAUUUUUGCAGCUCUGCUCUGAGCAUUCUCCAGUUUAUCAACAUACUAAUCAGUUUGAAGUUGCUGUCAGAGUGCCCACACAGGAUUUUACAUCAGUUUAACUUAAUUGGUUUUCAAAUCAAUUUAAGUUAAAUUAGUGUAACUUUCUCAUGUAGACAAGCCUUUAUUGUCUGCACAUAUAGCUAGGAAAAAUUUGGGAAUAAAGUGAUUAUGGUCCUUAUCAAACAGAUGCCAGUGCACUUUUAUUGCUCUCUGACUUGUGCACAAAAUCUCCUGAUAUACUGUACUUGAUGCAUAGGUCAGGGUUGCACACAAACAGCAGGGGACUUGUAUGCCCCCAUGUAGACAAACAACAGUUUGAAAGUUUGGGCUUAACGGUAAAAUAUUUAAAAGUUCCUAAGUGACUUGAAAGCCAAAGUUCAAUUUUCAAAAGUGAUUUAGGUAUGUAAGAGUCAUUCAGGGUUCACUGAAAUCAAUAAGAAUUAGCCUCUAAAUGCCUGUCACUUAAAUUUGGACAUAGGCUCCUAAAUCACAUAGGCAGUUUUUUACAUUUUACGUUAAAUGACUUGUUCAAGGUUAUAAAGUGAGAUAGUGGUAGAAUCUAGGAAUAGAAUCCCAAACUCCUGUCUCCUAGACUCAUCCUCUAACAAGUUGGCAACAUUCCUUUUCAAUUAGACCCUGCCCAGUACAAAAUGUGAGAUCAUAUAAAGAGUUUACAUUUUUGCAGCUCUUCCUUUUGGCCCGCAUGCAGGACUCAUUGUCUGGGCACGUGCUGGUGGUUUUUAUACAAUCAAAAACUCCCAAAGAUCUGGAUCAGCACUUAUAAAAGCACUGAAAUUCUGGAUGACAAAUAAAAUCAAAAGGGUAGAGAGAUAAAACCUGCCUUUGAUGGAAUGGCACAAAUCAGAGUUUCACCUAAUGGGCUGUGGUUAAAAAAUAAAAUCUCUGCAUUCUGCAAGCUCAGCUGAGCACUCCUUUUUUAAGCAUGCAUUUCUUUCUUGUUUGUAAUCAGGCAAUCUUUCAUGAAAUGUGCAGUACAAUUUAAAAUUGCUGUCCCUUUAAAAAUAUUUUUUUAAAGUUAAUUUAUUUGAAAUAUAAUUUGCACAUUUUUAACUUGUCAUCCUUCAUUUACAAACUCCUUCUGUACACAUAACAGGAAAUGUAAAAGACCAACAAAAAUAAUUUGGAAACAAAUCCACCAACCCAAACCAGAAAAAGAUAUCAAAAACAUAUUCAUGGGUUUUUCCCCUCCAUUCAUAUUGUAUUGUUAGUCAUAGCAACUGCAGAGCUUUGCAGUGGAGAAAACAGGUUGUUGAGACACUACACAUCCUGAUUCAAGCAAAACUCACCCCCUUUGAGGAGGACAAGGCUGGGGACGUGGCCUUGUCUUUCUAGACAUUUCAGGGGAUGACGGGAACAACAACUGUGACAAGCCAUUGCAGCAAAGGGAGAAGGAGGCUUUUUAUGCACUUUCCCAGCUAUGUGCAUACAAUCCGGCACUGAAUCUUUAGCUUGGAACUUAUUCUGCUCUCCGUUAUACAGGUACCACUCCAAUGAUGUCAGUGUGAGAUGAAUGAGUUCAGCUCUUCCCAGGCAGUGCUCAGGACCUUGCUGAAUUAAGCCCUGGUAGAUAGCAGAUGAGUCUCCCUCAUUAUAAAUUAUUCCUAGCCCUCUGCAUUGCUUCAGCAUAGCUUCUCUCUGUCAUAACGAAGGGUUUGGCCAGAAUCUUGCUACUUCUUACCAGUAUGGAUUGGCAGGAGCCUGUGGCUGCUGGCACAGGCUCCCUACCCUCUGUUAUGGUUCUAUGUCCCAGGCACUGUUGCCCUCAGUGGAAUUGCUCAGUGGUUUGUUCUCAGACUUUUGCUAAUAUGAGGUAGCAUCUCCCGCUGUCUUCUAGUUUAAUGAGUGAGAAUGCUAGUUAUUAGUGUUUUGCAUACUAAAGGAUUGGGGUUAGAAAAAUGCUGUAAUGUUUGGAUGUCUGCAUAAUAACUUACAUUAUCUCUAUAUUUAUAAACAGAGAACAGAAAGAGAACUACACCCCAAUAGGUGCAUUUUUACAUACAAAGAAAACACCCUUCUCAGCACUGACUGGUGUAAUGUUUUAUGAGGUUUAAUUGUUGUCUGAAUUUUGGAGAGGAUGAAAGGGUGACUGGAAUGUCUUUUUUUCACGUGCCAACCACUAAGUGAAGGUGCAGUAGUUCUGCUGUAAUAUACCAGGUUUAAUUUUUGUUUUCCUUAAGUGAAAACAAGACGUGCAAUACAUCCUUUAACAUACAAUUAAACUUUCCUUAAUCACCACUCAAGGGAUGGAAAAAACAGUUUGCUUAACUAUGCAUGUUUAACUUAUCUAAUAAAGGUGGAGCAGUAUAGUUGUGGGGAGCAGUAUAACUAUUAUAUUUAUUAUUUGUAUUCCUGUAACACUUAGGAGCCCCAUUCAUGGAUCAGGAUUCCAAUGGACAUGGGCGGUCUCUUAAGGUAGUAAUUUGCCUAUUAAGGGUGGACUCCGUACAAGCCUUCAUAUCACGCUUUUUUCCUUUCCGUUGAUAGGUGAAGUGAAAUCCUGGCCUCACUGAAGUCACUGGGAAUUUUGCCACUAACUUCAAUGAGGCCAGGAUUUCACCGAUGAGGUCUGUAGCUUGUUCUGAUGGUUAGCACCUCACUGUGAACAAUUUGUGUAUUUCUAAUUCUAAUUUGUCCGGAUCUAACUUCCAAACAUUUGUUCUUUUUAUGCCUUGCAGCUCCUGCUUCUUCUACGCCCUGGAGAAAAAGAGUGGGGCCAAGAAGCACGUCACCUGCCUUCUGGCAGAGGAUGGCACUCCCCUCACGGAUCUGGCGGAGAUGUGCGAGAGGGCCAGGACCUUCUACGCACACCUUUUCUCCCCGGAUCCGACUGAUCCUGCCGCUUGCAGAGUGCUCUGGAACGGGCUCCCGACUGUCAGCGUGGGCGACCGGGACCAGCUAGAGCUGCCUCUCUGGCCGAGUUCUCGGAAGCCCUCCGCUGCAUGCCCACCAACAAAUCUGCUAGAUUAGAGAGCCUUUUAGCACUUAGUAUCUUCUCCCCAGGAAAGGACCUAUACACCAUAAUCCAGCCAUCUCCUGACUUUUUUUUUUUUUGGAUAAACCUUUUUAAGUCUCAUCUCAUUGUAAGGGAUCUUCUCCAGCAGUUAGAUCAUAUUUGUGGCUCUUCUCUGCAUUCUUUUGAAGUACAAUAACUGUGUUCAGAAACCAAUUUAUAAAUUACAUUAAGGGUCAGUCUAGAGCACAGUUUUGGCUAGAAUGGUUGUCAUUUAAAGAGAGAGAGAGAAAUCCUACUCCCUGUGCCAAUAGCACUGGACUAGGACUCAAGAAAUCUGGGUCCUAUUCCUGGCCCUGUUACUGGCCAGUUGGGUGACCUAGGGCAAGUCACUUCAGCUCUCUGUGCCUCAGCUUCCUCAUAUGUAAAAUAGGGCUAAUGAUAAUGAGGUAAAGUACUUUGAGAUAGACUGAUGAAAAGUGCUGUGUAAAUGUUACCCCAGUAUUAUUAUUAUUAUUAUUUGCCCAAUGAAAAUGGACUGUCGGACAACAGUGGCAGCAUUAACUGGUUUUGAACACAAUUGAAAUUCUAGCACAGUUCAUGUUGAACAAGGGCUGAUUUCUAAGGUUGCGCUUUUGUGGUUUUCUCUACUGCUUCUUUUACAGCUCUUACAUUCAUUAGCCAGCAUUUGUCAAAUCGUAUCAUUUCAUCGAGAGAUCUUCAAAUACUCAGCCCUUAUCCAAGCGAACUGUGCAUUCAUUAGGAUGACAGCCUAUCACAACACAUUUUUAUUUCUAUCUUUAUAAAAAUCCAUUGAAAUUUGUUGCUGCCAGCUGUUUCUUUAUGCAGCGUAACUUCUCAGAUUCUUAACGGUACUGAUUGAUUUGACUCCUUGUCCUGCACAGUGAAAGCAGGGGAGAAGUCAUUUAUGUUCAUUACCCUGGCUCACUGGGUCUCAAGGGAUUAACACACAUGAGCCUCACAUUUCUCUGACCAGUUUUCCCCUUUAAACAGUGCCCUGGAAAGUCAUGAGGAGUUUGUCUGCAACAAUGACAAAUCUGGAACAGGUUACAGAUUGUGCCUAUGUUAUUCAGAUGGCACAUCCUGUCCUAUUUUCUUGAGUAAAUAAUAGCACUGCUGUUUUGUUUACACGUUCCUGCCUGGUUUGUGAAAGCAUCUUAUUGUUCACUUUUGAACCCAUGUGUACAUUCACCACUGGCUGUUCAGGAGAGAAACAAAAAUCUGCUUAUCCCUGUCUCUGUGAUGAUGAUCGAUAGAUUGAAGUUAACCAUUUAUUAUUAUGCCUAAUCAUUAAUUAUGCAAAGAGUACUAAUGCUCUUUUCCCUUCAUAGAAACACUUUAACCUUAUGCUUGAGGUGAUUAAAUGCCGGCAGGUUGCAUAAAUUUUUUACUACAUUUGGUAGUUUGCUAAAGAGAAGAAUUAAGCUGUCACCCCGCCAAAGAAGAGGAGGGUUAUAAGUACCUUCUUAAAACAGCUGCAGCUGUUCCUGUAGCUGGAUGACAAGUUGUGUGGGUUUAAAAAACAAAACAAAACACAUGGCUGGCAAAAUGCAUGGGUGGAAAAUCAGAUUCUAUUGUGGCUUACAAAACAGCAAGCCUGAAAGAACCAGAUGCUCCUUACAAUGAAACAAUGGAGUAUUGCACAUCUGUAUCACUAAGCAGAAUUAGUACAGGUCAGGUUUCCAGCACUCCUGACAGGAGAGCUUCAUUGCAGAUGUAUGCUUUUUCUCGCUGUCUUUUUUUUUUUUUUUUAAAAUCACUUAGGAAAGAAGCUGUUGUCCCCCAAGAUGGCAUCAUAAGCUAGGAAAAUACUCCCAAUAUAAAGGAGUACACAUCACUAAUACAUUUAAAAAAUAUAUGCAGCUAAAUUUGAAGUGCUCCAUCUACUCAUUCUCCCAGUUAAAAUGACAGAAAACAAAGGAACUGACUUCUGGUUCAGUCAGAGCAUAUUUCCUGCAGCACUUGUAACAAACAACAAGGAAUAAGAACCCCAUUGUACGCCCAAGGAAGCCGCGUUUUAUGCAUCAUCCCAGACUUUCCCUUAUGAACAAUACUUCACAGAUAGGGGGCACUAACCCAGCAAAUCACUCAAGUGUGUGCUUAAUUUUAAACACAUGAUUAGUCCGAGAUUAACUUUGAGCAUGUGAGUUGUGACACUGCACCCCAUAUUCAUCAUAGUGAUAUUAUUAUGUUAUGAUUAUGGCUAUAACUAUAGUGCUCGUUGGAUAAGAUGGGUCACGUAAGGUGUCUCUGGAAAAGUUAUGAUUUGCUGAUUAUCCUAUUUCUAUGCAUGUAUCUAUUUUGGAUCUGAAGUUAUGAAUAUUAACUAUGUAUCUGUAUUUCAAAUGUGGUUACACCUGGGUAGCACCCACUAGGCAAAAUGCUUCCAGUCUAGACAGCUGGUUGUGAAGGGCCUAUUCAAGGCAAUGGCCAUUAGGAGACACAAUAGACUUUCAGAGAAACUUUUUCUCCACCUGGUGAGCCUGUCUGAGAAUGCUCCAGACAGCCUAUGAGUAAUGGCUGCUAUGACUCAGCAGGGCUGCAAGGGCAUGUGACCAGGCCACAUGAUGCUGAUCUCCAUUUUGGGUACCUGUAUUUUUCCACAAACUGAGCGAGGAACUGUUUUUGUAACAAAGGGUUUCUGCCAUAUAGUAAAGCUAUAUAAGGUGGGGUCUAACAUCAUCUAGGGGCCUCACUCCAGGAUACUCCUGGAAACAUCUGAGAAACAAAGAGUGAACUAGGGGAAGUGUUGGUCCCAGGCUAAAGGGAUUUCUAGCCCAUGUAUGGAAACCUGGUGGACUGCUUGUAUCAGCAGCCAAGGUGAGAAACUGCUAAUUCAUAUCCAAUCUAUCUAGUAUUUUAGGUUUAGUUUGUGGUUUUAUUUACUAGGUAAUCUGCUUUGAUAUGUUUGCUAUCACUUAAAAUCUAUCUUUUGUAGUUAAUAAACUUGUUUUGCUUUAUCUAAA